CAACAACAGUUGCAAUCUGUGUGCCGCGACCCGCAGAGGCGUGUUAAAGGCUCUGCUGCCAAUAUUUUUUGUUGUUGUUGUUGUUGUUGUUGUGUGCAGUGUAAUUUACAAACAUAAUUACAUGACAAGUUGCUUAAUGCAAUAAAACGCAUUACAAUAUAAAAGCGAAACAUUUUUUAAAAGCAUAUCAAUUAAAAGGCUGCAAUUACCAAUUAAAAAAUCAAUUGCAACGCCUGAGCUUCCGCACAUGAGAGUGUGUGCGUGUGUCCGUGUUCGUGUGUGUGUGUGUGAGACACAAACAAAAUGCCAGCGAGAAAACAUAAGAAGACCAAGCAACAGCGUCAACAGAAGCAGCAACAAAAAGAGCAACAAAUUGCCAAAACAAAACCGCAAGAGCAUGUGGAACCGCAGGAAUUGCAGUCCGCGUUUCGCAUUGAGCAUUCAGAGCUGAUGGGACGCUAUCUGGUAGCCAAUCGUGAACUUGUGGCGGGCGAGCUGCUCAUUAGCGAGGAGCCGCUGGCCAUAGGACCCUGCGAAACCGCAGAUCCUGUAUGCCUGGGCUGCUAUCAGCCAGUUAGUCUGGCGCCGCAGCAAUAUCGCUGUGCCGGCUGUGGCUGGCCCAUGUGCAGCGCCAAGUGCGGCGGCAUGCAACGGCCGACCGGACACACAUCAGCGGAAUGUGCAUUCUAUGCAGAGCAUCGCGCGCAGACGGCCGAGCAACUCAACAGCAAAGCGUCGCCAGCUGAGGUGCGAGAUCUCUAUGAGCUGGUGCUCAUUAUUAGAAUAAUGCUGCUGCAGCAGCUGGCGCCGGAGCAGUAUAAGCGCAUACGCCAAAUGGAAUCGCAUACGCAGCAGCGGCGAUUGAAUGCAACGCUCUGGCAGCACUAUGAGAAGAAUGUGGUGCAACGCUUGCGUGCGGAUUGGCAGCUGGCUGAGCGUUGGACAGCAGAGGAGCUGCAUGAGAUUUGCGGCAUUUUGGAUGUGAAUUGCUUUGAGAUUGGGCAGCGUGGCGCCAAGGCGCGUACGCUAUAUCCGAGCGCAUUUCUGCUCGCGCACGAUUGCCGACCAAAUACCUCGCAUACGGAUGAUCCCCAAUCCUAUGCCAUAUUGCUGCGUACAUCGCGGCGCGUGCGCGAACAGGAGCCGCUGACGCUCAGCUAUGCGUACACGCUGCAGGGCUCAUUCAAGCGUCGCACAUUCAUCCAGGGCGGCAAGCUCUUCUGGUGUCAGUGCCAGCGCUGUGCCGAUCCCACCGAACUGGGCACCCAUUGCAGUGAUCUGGCCUGUGGCAAAUGCAAGCUGGGCAGCAUACGUGCCACAGCACCGCUCGAGCAGCUGGCAGACUGGGCCUGUGAUCACUGCGAUUACCGUUUGACCGCCUCGCAAGUGGAGCGUCUGCUGGAUCGCAUCAACGAUGAUCUGGAGGAUAUUGAUGCGCGCAACGUGCCCGCACUAGAAAACUUUAUCAUACGUUAUCGCGAUGUGCUGCGUUCCAAUCAUUAUUUGCUGCUUAGCGCCAAAUACUUGCUGUGCCAAACCUAUGGCCGAGUUGAGGGCUAUCUACUGCCUCAAAUGUCGCUGGAGGAUAUCGCACGCAAGGAGCGCUAUUGUCGUGAAUUUCUAGCCAUUGUCGAUGUACUCGAGCCGGAAAUGUCGCGUCUGCGUGCCAUCAUCAUGUACGAGCUGCAUGCACCGAUUAUGGUGCAGGCCCAACUGCAGAUGCAGAGCGGUCAGCUCACACGUCAGCAGUUCCAGCGACGCAUCAAGGAGGUGAUGCAGCUGCUGCGGGAGAGCUCACGCAUAUUGCAGCUGGAGCCAGCGGGUUCCGCUGAGCAUGAAAUGGGACUUGCGGCCGCUGAAGCGCUACGCGAAAUGGACAAUUAGCAUAUUGUUGUUGUUGUUAUUUUUUUUUUAUGAAAUGUGUCUAUUUUUUUAAACAUGUACAAGUUAAGCAAGAAACAAACUUGACAUAUCCAGUGUUGCAAACAUUUUUUAAUUAGUCUUCCGUUGCUUUGUCUCGAGCCUAACAAUGUAACUGCAACAAGUUUGCAACAAAUCUGCAAAAUUCUAAAAACAAAUAAAAAUAAAAUUGAAAA